GCCGAACCCGCCGGCGGCGGGGGAGAAGACGAGAGCCAGGUAAAUGAGGAGCAGCACGAGGUAGAGCAGGUAGGCCAAGGUCUGGAGAAGCAUGAGGCAGAAGUAAGUGGAUCCGGCGGUGGCGUAGAAGAAACGCAGCGGCUCGAGCCCCGUGGCCAGAGCGGAGAGCGAGAGGAUGGCGAAGUAGAUGGCGAGGUAGACCUGGACGAAGAUGAGGAGCUUCUGGAGGGAGAAGUAGGCCUUGAUUCGGUUGACGACGAGGGAGACGAGGAGGAGAGGGAUGAGGAUGAAGGCGAAGGAGACGAAGGAAGCGACCGUGGCGGCGUAUUUGUUCCCCACGUAAGGCUUGAAUCCUUUGGUGAUUUCCUUGUUGGCCUGGUUCAGGUACUUCCUGGAGGUCAGCGAGAUCCGCUCCAGGUCGGGGAUGAGGUGCUGGUGGAACUUGGAGGGCAGAUCUCUGAACUCCGACACCAAAUCGUCGUCGUCCUGGUCUGGCUCGAUCCAGCUCGGCGGCGAGCGCGACUUCGCCUUGGAGCUGAGCAGUGUCAGCUGUGGAAUUGGUGGGCUUCUUCUUCGUGGUGAGUAGAGAAUCGCUACUGCUGCUGGCCUUGGACUUGGUGGGUGAUGUUGAUUUAGUAGAGUUGGAGGAUUUGGUGGUAAUAAGUUUGGUCUGGUUCUUCUUACCACUCGAAGAAGAAGAAGAAGACAGAGUAUCUCCGAUAGCAGCAGAGUUGGUAGCAGUAGUCUUCUUGGUGAGUUUCAUGGUCUGAUUCUUGUUAGCAGAGGGAAUGGUAGAUUUGGAAGGCUUGGUGGUUGGUGUUGCUUGUGAUGAUGAUAGGCUGCUGCUGCUCUUUUUAUUGGGCAGUUGUAGUUGCUCAUCGUCGUCAUCGUUGUCUAAGGAAGAUGCAGAGAGGAAGAGUGGGGAGGUGAACAAGAAGAAGAAGAAGGAGAGCAAGAGUAGCUUCCUGAAUCUCGCCAUUGCUGGUGGCUGCUAAAGUGCGUGGCAAGUAGUUU